AUUGACUAUUUUACAUUUUUUCCGUUAUUUUUAACAUGUAAGACCUCUAUAUGACUAAUAUUCCUGUAGAUAAAAAAUGGCCGUUAUCGAAGAACUUGUAGAUGAUGUUAGUGAGGAAAGUGAUACUGUAGAAUCUGAAACAGCGGAAAUGUUCGCGGCUCAUGUUGCGAAGGAAAGAAAGAAAUAUGAAGCCGCACCUAUGGAGAAAUUUAUUGCGAUUUUGAAAUCUCUGAUAAUGCGUGCUUUGGUUGUAUUCUUCCUCUACUGGGUACUCAGUCGAGGACCCGCCUCACCGCCACCGGCCGCCAAUACUCCACAAGAUUUCGGCGAUGAUUCAUUCGACCCUAUUGCCGAAAGCGAUGAUUUUGAUAAUCUUGAUCACGUUGAUGAUCCUUUUGGAAAAAUAGAACUUUAGUUUUGAACUUAUCAGUAUUUUAACUCAAACAUUGUUAAAAUUUCUAAUCCCCAAAAAUGUUUUGUUUGUAAAUUGUUCACUCUGUAGUUGGCAGUUUAGCAAGUGAGUUGCUAUUACGUUAUUGAUACAUCCUGUUAAGAAUAUUUAUUCUCAUUUUUAUUGUUAAUUAUUUAAACCUAAAUUCUAAAUGGUGCUACUUUAUCGCAAACUAGAUUUCUAGUGCAAAAUUGUCAUGUUAAUAUUCAUGCAAGACGAGUCAAAUAUUUACCAAGACUUUCAAACCAAAUAAAAUAAACAUCGCUUCACGCUAAAUGAUGUUUAUUAAAAACGAAAAAUUUUCAGAUUUGAAAAUGGCGAUAAUAGAGGAGGUCGGGGAUAGUGGGGAAACCAACUAUCUGCAGGUAGCCCAGAGGUCUAGCAAUGAGGGCGUGGUUGUCGAGGGGGAGGGAGGCGUGGCUGUAGCUCCAGCAGAGGAGGAGGGAGCACCUCAGAAAAUUUUUGGAGUUCUCAAGUCUGUAUUCACCCGAAUGAUUAUGUUCUGGUUGAUUAUGCAGUUCUUUAAGAAGUCACCUGGUGCAGGAACUGGAAAUACGGGUACUGAGGUUUCCAAAACAAGAUCACCCGCAUCUAAUCUAUAUCAAGAUGGAACCGGUUUUGAUAUGUUUGUUUACAUUUCUGAACAGAUGGAAUUUGGAGAGUUUGACAUGGAUGAAUCCCUAUUUUGGAAACUGACUGGAUUGGAGUAUGGAAAAUGGGAUUUAGGAAAAAAUUUGGAUUCGACAUUUGAGAAAACUGUUCAGGUCCCAAUAUCUGAUAGAGUCCAGAAUAAUGGAUCCCUUUAUAUUCAUACUUUCAUUGUAAAAUCAGGAAAAUCUCCAGACCCAAAGGCUGGUAAACUGUUCAGUAAGAAGUAUACUGUUUAUAAAUCUCAAAGACUGAAUAAAUUCAAGAAAAAACAAUAUAAAACUACAGCUAACCUUCUCACAGGGUUAACCGAGCAGAGUGAGAUAGAUCAGGAGAAAGCUAAAACUAUAAAAUCUGAAAUAGUUUCCCAUUGGCAUCCUAACCUUACAAUAAAUCUAGUAUUCGACCACACCCCUUGGGUAGCAGGCCAGGUUCCGCCCCCUCUAGAUGAUUUUGUUGAGUUUACCACCACCCUGCAGCAAUAUAAACCUAUACUCUGGUUAAAUGAUUACUGGAAUCUACAGAGGGAUUAUAUGCCAAUCAACAGUUCAACUCCUCUACUCAACCUUACUCUAACAUUCCAGCCUCUCUCUAUGUUUAAGUGGCAGAUGUAUUCAGCUCAAUCUCUUAAAAAUAAGUUCAAUAUGCUGGGUAACCUGAUGGGUGAUAUGGAGGAGGAAGAUCAGGAUCAAGACAGUGUCAAGGAGGCUUUUCUGGAGACAAAUAUCUACUUGUUGGUCCUCACCUUCGUUAUCUCUAUAGUCCACAGUGUCUUCGAGUUUCUAGCAUUCAAGAACGAUAUUCAAUUCUGGAAUAACAGGUACGCUUAUUUUAUAACUACGAAAUGGAAAAAAAUAUCUUGCGGAGUUGGUUUACUGAUAGAACUCUGGAAAAUAACCAAAGUGUCCGAUGUCAGUUUCGACUUUGAGAAUCCAGUAAUGGGCCUCAUUCCCAGACUUAUCAUUGUUGAGAGAAAAGAUUACAAGAAUUCUGGAACCAAGGAGUUUGAUAGAAUGGCAUUUAAAUAUCUGGGUAUGCUUUGCUUUCCCCUGGGAUUAGCUUACUGUGUCUACUCUGUCAUUUACAACGAACAUAAGGGUUGGUACAGCUUUGUGCUGAGUUCCUGCUACGGAUUCCUUCUUACAUUUGGAUUUAUCAUGAUGACCCCGCAGUUGUUUAUCAACUACAAGCUGAAGUCUGUUGCCCAUCUACCAUGGAGAAUGAUGACUUACAAGGCCCUAAACACCUUCAUCGACGACAUCUUUGCAUUCGUGAUCAAGAUGCCAACCAUGUACAGGCUGGGAUGCUUUAGGGAUGACAUAGUUUUCUUUAUUUUCCUUUAUCAGAAGUAUAUCUACAAGGUCGACCAUACCAGGGUAAAUGAGUUUGGUUACUCAGCCGAGAUGGCGGAAGAUACAGGAGCUAAUAAGGCCGUCACUGAGGAUACCGCACAAGGAGCUUUAGAGGAUAAAUCAGUUGCUCCACCGACAGUGGACGAUUCUGUCAAUGAACCGCAUGCGGAGAAUACCGCAAGCGGAGAUACUAAAUGGAAGAAAUCCAAGUCCAAGAAAGCUAAAAAAGUUGACUAGUCGUCGUUAUUCCUUCUGGUAGUUGUUCUAAUACCCGCCCCAGUCACAAUUGUAUAACAAUUGAUUGAUUGAUUUGCGGAGGGUUUUUGUGUUUUGUUUUGUCUUGUCUUGUCUUUUUUUAAGUUAAAUGUAUACUAUAAAUUAUUAAUGUUCAAUGCGCACACACUGUCCCUUAAAACAUUCAUUUUAUUGUGACAGCGCCAGUCAGGGGUGAUGAUUUUUACCUUAAUAAAAUUUUUUACACACUUUUUGUCAAGGUUAAGCCAAAUUUUUUUAUCGUUCACAUCUCAAUUUAUUUUUUUUAACUAUUCACUCCUGGUGUAAACAUUUAUUUGCUGAAGUCAGUUAUAUGUGAUUUUUCUAUGCUAAUUACACUUCCCCAUUCUCAAGUGUCUGGGAUAGAAUCAUUUGAUAAACCUAAUUUAAACUAUUGGGCAUACUUAUGAUGAUUUGCUGAUAUUGUUCCUCGCUCGCUACUGUAAUUUAGAAUCUAGAUGAAUAGAUAAAUUUUGGGGGAAAUUACUCACGUAGAAUUUUGUUGAUUAUGAUUUUAUGUUAAAAGCAUUUUAAAUUUUGUUAGUUAUAUAUUAAGAUAUUUAAUGUAGUUCUGUAUUUAAAACUGGGACAAUUGUUCAAAACAACAUCUCACCAAACUUUUUUUCAAAUAACAAUAUUGUUUCUAGAUUAAUUAAUAUGAAAGAAACUUAAAUCGUUUAUAUUUAUUUGACCCUUAUUUUAUUAAGAAUUAAGUUCGGUUUACAACAACAUUCUUCAAACAUUUUUUUAUGAAGCUUAUUUAAAUUAUGAUUUCUCUUUCUUUAAAAUUUAUUUGCGGAUUCAUGCUGAAAAUACAACGAAGAAAAUAGUGAUAAUUAAACACCAAGAAAAACAACAAACUUUCCCUCAUCGUUUGUACCGUUUAAAUUGGGAAAAUCAAUCUAUUUCCCUGAAAACUAGUUGCAACUCAAUUUCUAAUUUAUAAUUUUCGCGGCCAAAUUGUUUCCACAUUUUUAAUUUGAUAAAUUGUGAAUGAUUGUUCCAGA